CGUAGGCCGGCUCUGACACGUUCUACGUACUUUCUUUCUAGACUGGUUUGGUCUCUGGUGCUGAUGAAGUCUUUCCCUUUCACAGGACUUCGAAAAUUCAAAAUUAGACUGUGUUUUUCUUCACAAGAAAGGAAGUAGUAUGGAUGUAUAUUUAUAUGAUUGUUUUACAGUUUUCUGAACUGAACUAAAUAUUUUCUUUCUCCCUGGUCACAUUUUUCAAUAUGUCCAUCAGAAUAAUAAUCUGUGAUGAUCUUCAUCGCCAAUGUUACUGCCGUUUCUUAUUCAUAUUUUUCUUGUCCAUCUUAUUUGUACAUCUUCCUUUACUGUCGGCAAUAUCUUUCAAUUACCCUGAUUUCUCAAACCCUCAAAACUUGAACAGAUCUGAAGAAGUCGGCUUUUUACCUAAUGGAAUCUUAUCACUCACUAGAAACACUGCUGAUAGUAGUAACCUUAUCGACAGCGUUGGCCGAGCUGUAUAUUCCCAAGAGAUGCAUCUUUGGGAUAAUGCAACCGGCAAAGUUGCAGAUUUUGUUACUCAUUUUUCCUUUAACAUAUCGAUGCUUGAACCGCCUUUUGGCGGCGAUGGGAUUACCUUCUUCCUGGAGCCUAGUGGCUCUCAAGUUCCUGAUCAUGCUUGGGGAGGCUGCCUUGCACUAAUUAGCAAUUGUUCUGAUUUUAAUACAACAGGAAAAGCAGUAGUAGCUGUUGAAUUUGAUACUUACCAGAAUGAAUGGGAUCCAAGCGAUAAUCACGUUGGAAUUAUUGUCAACUCGAUUAAGUCAGUUGCUAACAUCACAUGGAGUAGAAGUAUUAAAAAUGGAUCAAAGGCUAAUGCUUGGGUCACAUAUAAUUCUCAGACAAGAAAUUUGAGUAUGUUCUUGACUUAUGCUGAUAAUCCUGUUUUUAACGGGAAUUCUAGCCUCUCCUAUGAAAUUGAUCUGUCAAAAGUUUUGCCUGAAUUUGUCACUGUUGGAUUUUCAGCUUCAACUGGUUUUCGUACAGAGAUACAUAAUAUUCUUUCGUGGGAAUUCAACUCCACAGAAAUUUCAACAAAGCCAGACGUUGGUACUGGCGGCGGAGGAGGAAAUAACAUCGGUUUGAUAGUUGGUUGUGUGAUUGGUGGACUUGCUGUGGUUGGUGGAUUGUUCUCAGUCCUAGUCUUUUAUGGGAGAAGAAAUAAAGGCAAAAAAGAUGAUGAUGACGAUGAUGAUGAUGCAGCAACAGAUGAUUCUAUGGAUCAUGAAUUCCAGCAAGGAACUGGGCCUAAGAGGUUCUCUUAUAAAGAAUUGGUUCAAGCCACGAAUAAUUUCUCUGAAGAAGGGAAACUUGGGGAAGGAGGAUUUGGAGGAGUAUACAGAGGAUACUUGUCAGAUUUAAGUGUUGCAGUGAAAAGGGUAACUAAAGGGUCUAAACAAGGAAGAAAGGAGUAUAUGUCUGAGGUGAAAAUCAUUAGUAAGUUAAGGCAUAAAAAUCUUGUACAACUUGUAGGUUGGUGCCAUGAAAAGGGUGAGCUACUUCUUAUCUACGAGCUCAUGCCUAAUGGAAGUCUCGAUUCGCAUCUCUUUAGAGGAGAAAAUAUGCUUUCUUGGGCAGUGAGGCGUAAUAUAGCCCUGGGGUUAGCUUCAGCAUUGUUGUAUCUUCAUGAAGAAUGGGAACAAUGUGUAGUGCAUAGAGAUAUUAAAUCGAGCAAUGUGAUGCUGGAUUCAAACUUCAACACCAAGCUUGGAGACUUUGGCUUGGCAAGGCUCAUGGAUACUAAUGAGACAGGACUAAAGACUGGGUUGGCUGGGACGUUUGGUUACAUGGCACCAGAAUAUAUUAGCACAGGAAAAGCUAGUAAAGGUUCAGAUGUCUUCAGCUUUGGUGUUGUGGCACUGGAAAUAGCAUGUGGGAGAAGAUCAAUGGAAUCAAGGGACGUAGAGGCACAGAUUUCAUUGGUGUCUUGGGCUUGGGAAUCAUACGGAAAUGGGAGGAUUCUUGAUGUAGUUGAUAGGAGAUUGAGCAUGGAUUUCAAUGUAGAAGAGAUGGAAUGUUUGUUGAUAGUUGGAUUAUGGUGUGCUCAUCCAGAUUACAGUCUUAGGCCAUCAAUAAGGCAAGCAUUACAGGUUCUCAACUUCGAAGCUGCAUUGCCAAAUCUUCCUGCAAAGAUGCCUGUUCCAAAGUAUGACGUGCCUUCCUCUUCUUCAACAGAACCUUUACUUUCCACUGUAUAUACCACUGAUGCAGGGAAGAGAGGCUCACAAAGGAUAGGCCAACACAAAUAGAACAUGCAAGAAUGAGAAUCAAGAUACAGUAACCCAGAACAACAAAAACAAAAGGAAAAGUAUAAAGAAGUGGUAAUUACUAACUAGGACAAAAAUACAGGACAUAUCAGCAAUUAGAAAGUCAACUACGUCAAGCCAUCAUGACAGAAUCAAUCAUAGAACUGGUAAUUUAGAGUGAUGAUUUCUAUCACUUGGAAGAAAAAUCAUCAAUCAAAAAAGAAUUAUUAAGAAAAGCAAGCCGAUUAUAGAACCCUUUUGAUACAAGAUUAAGAACUUACUCAUUAUGUAUAGCAUAA